GAUGAAAACAUUAAAACCUGCACCCCUUUUAGGACUUUAGUCAAAAACGCCGUUUGACUCCAACCUCUAGGUUUGUAGCUGAAACGCCAUCAACUGGGACUCUGAACCCCGUGGGACUUUAGCUAAACGUCGUUAAGACAUCAUUAAGACGUAAACAGCGAGAAACAGAAAUAAAAAGAAAUUAAUAAAUGAGUGAAAAUGAGUCAGCACUUCAGAAAGUCACCUCAUGUGAGGGACUUCCUUAAGAGGAGGAGGAAGGAGGGACUUGUCCUCCGUGCUCUGGUAACCAUGGAAACCAGACUGAAGGAGGGACUUGUCCUCCUCCUCCUGCUCCCUCAGCGUCUCUCCGAGCCUCAGUCACUCAGUGCCUUCCCUCCCAUCAUGUUUUCUCCCGCCAGCUGCGGGAUGCUCGCCUCUCUUCUCGGUGAGGGCUCACUGCUUCACGGCUCCGUCCUGAUGGGACUCAGGAUUCAGCUGCCAUGUUCUGAAGUUGCUUUGACUGCAGCAGAGGAAGUUCAACACCUGACAAGGAAGAUUGGUGAAAAUGUGACCUUUGACCUUGGAGCCCAAGACCUGAAGCAUGCCGACCACGUCAUCUGGUCGCGUGGCGCCGGCAGCUCUGUGAUCUACAGCGUUUACAUCGGAGAGGAUCAGAUGAAGCAGCUGAGCAGAUGUAACCUCAGUCUGAGGAGCGGCUCGCUCAGCAUCCAUGACCUCCGCCCUGCAGACUCUGAUGUUUACCUGGGACAGAUCAUCAACGGCAGAGGAACCAGGAAACUCUUCAACCUGACUGUCGAGGACUCCGACCCACCGACCUCUGACCCCCCUCACAGCAGGGAACCCUGGGUAAUUCCUGUCAUUGUGACUGUCUGCAUCGUCACUGUGGGACUCUUCAGUUACGCAGUGAAGAGAUAUUUUUGCAGCAGCAGUUUGUGACCAAAACCAACAGGAAGCUGAUCCACUGAUCAGCUCGGCGCUCCGAGUCGGGACCGACUGACGGAUCCUUUCUGAAGAACCUCCACCAGUUUCCUGUUUUUCCAGCCCAGUCUGCUCUGAUCCUUCUUUCCCACAAAUGUUGAUCCAUUUUAAAUCAGGAUUUAUUCACCGACAUUGGAAGUAGUAGAAGAAUAAGUUAGUAAAGUUUUGUUUCUAAAGCACAUUUUCACAAACAGCAGUCAGGAAAUGAUUCAAAGGAAAUGCAAAUACAUCCCUAUCAAUAAUUUUAUUUCAUAAACUUGCACCAGAAAAGAAGAGUAUUUUUUAGAGACGUGCCGAUCAGGUUUUUUCCUGCUGAUUCCGAUCCCCAUGAGGGCCGAUCACCGAUACCGAUCACAUAAUUAUUU